AUGUUAAAAAACGCGAAAGCAUCGUACCAUCAUCGCGUUUUAAAUGAUAUUCGCCUCAACCCACGUAAAUGUUGGAAAGCUAUUAACUCAAUUUUCCCAAGCAAACCAAAUUCAGCUAACUCAACUUCAAAUCAUGAUACUAUGCAUACCAAGGUUCAACAAUUUGGCCAUUAUUUUGCUAAUGUUGCUCGAGAAUUAAAAUCAAAAGCUUUUCCUUUGGUGAAUUUUGCUUGGCGUCAUAACAAUAAUACACAAGCUUUACGUACGAACCAAAUUUUCAAGUUUUCAUUCGUUUUUACAAUCUUUGUUGAGAAAGAACUCCGAUCAUUGAAGCGAAGUAAAGCUACUGGUAUUGACGACCUCCCUCCAAACUUGAUAAAGGACUGUGCAACUGUGAUUGCAAAACCCCUGCAAAAUAUAAUAAAUUUAUCAAUCAAAUCAAGUACGGUGCCAGCUUUGUGGAAAUCAGCCAAAGUGAAGCCUAUAUUCAAAUCUGGUGACUCAGACCUAGUAGAGAACUUUCGACCAAUAUCGAUACUUCCGAUAUUUUCCAAGAUUGUGGAAAAGGCAGUCCACCGUCAAUUUUACAACUUCUUGGAGAAUAAUAAACUGUUGAUCGAUUGCCAAUUUGGUUUUCGUAGAAACAGAUCUACAAAGCUGGCUGCCACAUUGUUUUGCGAUAAAAUACGAAAAGAAAUGGACAACGGAAAACUCAUUGGAUGUGUAUGUGUGGACCUGUCCACGGCGUUCGACACUAUCGGUCAUGGUAUUCUCUUGGACAAGUUACCUGCGUAUGGUGUUGAAGGCCCUGAACUUGCUUGGUUUACAGAUUACCUAUUCAAUAGAACUCAGUUGGUUGAAAUGCAAAACAACUGCUGCAGGCCAAGCACUAUUACCACUGGCGUGCCGCAAGGAUCCAUCGUGGGUCCUUUAAUGUUUAUAGUGUUUUUCAAUGACCUCAAAGAAUCAGUCAAGAAUUCUGAAAUCAUCAAGUAUGCGGAUGAUACGGUAAUUCUAUAUGCUGAUAAAGAUGCGCAAAAUAUUGAGAAUGCUUUAAACGAAGAUAUGAAUCUGAUUAGAGAUUAUUUUUAUCAUAACGAACUCCUCUUGCACCUGAAGAAGGGCAAGACUGAAGUAAUGCUUUUUGGAACGUCGCAAAGGCUUAGAAAAAGUGGAAAAAACCUAAAUAUAACGUAUAGCAACACCGUGAUAAACUUCGUGACUGAGUAUGUGUAUCUUGGAAAUGUGAUAGAUAACCAUAUGUCAUUGAAUGGAAAUUUCAACCGAUCAUACAAGAGAGCAAGGGGUCGUCUUCGUUUACUCCAAUCAGUCCGCAGAAAUUUGACAGCAGCGUCAGCUAUUGAUAUCUACAAUAUGACGAUACUAUCAAUUCUAACCUAG